ACCACCCAGAGAAAAAGCUAGAAAAGGCAGGGAAGGAAAAGGGAGUUGGUUUCUUUCCCUUCCUUUUUACCCCCUUCUCUUCUUUUCUUGCAGCCUCUGCUAAGCAUAUUUUUCUCACUUUUAUGCUCUUUGCUCUCUCAGUCCCAUUUCUUUACCUUCUUGAUUGAAAUUUUUCUUGGGUUUUCUUGUUAUUCUGUUUCACUCUCUCCUAUUUCCUUCACUUCUUCAGCUUAGAAUCCAUUACUCAAAUGCUGGAUUCUUGAUGGGUUUUACCUAUCUGACAGUAUUUGUUUGAUCAGAAAGUUGAAUUGCUUUCUUCUCUUGAACUUUCAUACUAUUUUACUCGUUGGGUUUCUUCUUUUCCUUUACAAUUUUCUUUGAAUUCAUAUCCUUGGCCAAUUCUCUGUUAAUCUUUUCUGGUUUUUGUUGAUCAAUUUGGAUUUCCCUUUUCUCUUCGUUUUAUGGGUUUCAGUUAGAUUCUUGGAAUUCAUCACUUUGAUCCAAGUUUCAGUUCUUGUUUAAUAAUCAUUUCUCUGUUUGAGCUUUGAAUCCCCUGAAUUUUUAGUCCUUUACCGCUUUCAAUGGUUUAACCAUCUGAGCUUUUGUAAUUGUUUCUUGACACACUUUUUCUUUUUCUUACUUGGGUUUCUGUGAUUCCGAUUCUUAGUUGUGUUUCUGAUUCCAUGGGACUUUGUCAUGGAAAACCCACUGAGAACUCACAAAACCAAUCUGAAAACACAAUAAUUCCCAGAGAAAAUGAGCCGGGUUUGAAUUCCAAAACUGGGAAAUCAUCAAAAUUCCCAUUUUACAGCCCAAGUCCCUUGGCCAGUGUGUUCAAGAACUCACCUGCCUAUUCCGGUGUCAGUUCUACCCCUCUGCGCAUCUUUAAGCGCCCAUUUCCUCCACCUUCACCGGCAAAGCAUAUUCGGGCAUUGCUUGCUCGUAGGCAUGGUUCAGUCAAGCCUAAUGAGGCCUCAAUACCAGAAGGAAGGGAGGUUGAGAUGGGUUUGGACAAGAAUUUUGGGUAUUCUAAGCAAUUCAUGACCCAUUAUGAACUAGGGGAAGAGGUGGGGCGUGGGCAUUUUGGGUAUACUUGUUCGGCGAAGGGAAAGAAAGGGAACUUAAAGGGACAGGAUGUGGCAGUCAAGGUUAUUCCGAAAUCGAAGAUGACUACAGUAAUUGCCAUUGAGGAUGUAAGACGAGAAGUGAAAAUAUUACAGGCUCUGACAGGGCAUAGGAACCUAGUGCAAUGCUACGAUUGCUAUGAGGAUGAUGAGAAUGUUUAUGUAGUGAUGGAGUUAUGUAAAGGAGGUGAAUUAUUGGAUAGAAUACUUUCUAGGGGUGGAAAAUACUCAGAAGAGGAUGCAAAGGCUGUCAUGGUCCAAAUUUUGAGUGUGGUUGCGUACUGUCAUCUCCAGGGGGUAGUUCACCGUGAUCUCAAACCUGAGAAUUUUCUCUUCACUUCAAAAGAUGAGAACUCCCCAUUAAAGGCCAUCGACUUUGGACUCUCUGAUUAUGUAAAGCCAGAUGAAAGACUGAAUGAUAUUGUCGGAAGUGCAUAUUAUGUAGCUCCUGAAGUUCUGCAUAGAUCCUAUGGAACAGAAGCGGACAUGUGGAGCAUAGGCGUAAUUGCUUAUAUUCUGCUAUGCGGAAGUCGGCCCUUUUGGGCCCGCUCAGAAUCUGGCAUCUUUCGAGCUGUCCUUAAAGCAGACCCAAGUUUUGAUGAAGCCCCUUGGCCUUCUGUGACUUCUGAUGCGAUAGACUUUGUAAAGAGAUUGUUGAACAAGGAUUACCGGAAGAGGCUAACCGCUGCCCAGGCUCUUAGUCAUCCUUGGCUGGUGAAUGAUCAUGAUGUCAAGAUUCCUUUGGAUGUGAUAAUAUACAAGCUUGUAAAAGCUUACAUAUGUUCUUCUUCACUAAGAAAAGCAGCUUUGGGGGCCCUUGCUAAGACACUGAGUGUGCCUCAGCUAGCUUAUCUCCGGGAACAAUUUACACUAUUGGGGCCAAACAAGAGUGGGUUUAUCUUUAUGCAAAAUUUUAAAACGGCUGUGACAAAGAACUCCACUGAUGCCAUGAAGGAUUCACGGGUUUUCGAUUAUGCAAACAUGGUGAGUACUCUCCAAUAUAGAAAGAUGGAUUUCGAAGAAUUUUGUGCUGCAGCCAUCAGCGUGCAUCAGCUGGAAGGAAUGCAAAGCUGGGAGCAACAUGCACGCCGUGCCUAUGAGCUUUUUGAGAAGGAUGGAAAUAGACCUAUUAUGAUAGAGGAACUAGCUUCAGAACUUGGACUUAGCCCAUCAGUACCAGUUCAUGUCGUUCUCCAAGACUGGAUACGUCACUCAGACGGGAAGCUUAGUUUCCUGGGGUUCGUCAGACUUCUGCAUGGUGUUUCUUCACGCUCAUUUCAAAAGGCUUGAACAAAAAUCCAGCUAUACCGAUGAAAUCCUUAGAUCCUUUUUCUUGUUGCGGAAUUAAAAUCUCUUGGUCGGGGACAAAAUGUCAUGAACUGGCAAAAAAUUGCCUCCUGACUGUGCAAGGGAUCUCUGCAAGUUCAAACUGUAGUUGAAGCUGCAUGACUUGCAACCAAGACCAUUCGCAGCAUAUUCUCAUGUUAGUAUGUUUUGUGCAAAUCUUUUUUUUUUUUUUUUUUUUUUUGGGGUCUCCUUAUAUAAUAAUUUUUAUUAUUUUCUAGUGGAUGGUGCCAUUGAGAUUUAGAAGAUUGUACAGAUGAGGGUAGAUCACAAAAAUGUAGUUAGGGUUAGAAAACAGCAUAAGACAAGUGAGUUUUUGUGAUGUUGGGUGUAUCUUGUGUACCCAGUGCACCAUUUGUUUCUUACUGUGAUCUACAAAUUUUAAUUUCUCUUAUCCCUGCUACUUUCUUAUCCCAAAAAGUAUUAAGAGAAUGAGUUGGGAGUGGUUGGGGUGAGUCCCACUUCUUUGUCUUA